GUAGCAAGUUGGCAGCAUUGAUCGGCUUCUAGCUUCGCUGAUUGUUCACGGAAACAAGUAAAAGAGAAGCGUUCCGUUUAUUUUUACAAGGUUUUUACGUUUCUGGCGUUGUGAAACGCUGUAUUGCCUUUGCCUUUACCCUAAUCGAAGUUAUUUAAUACAAGAUGCGUAAAAGAAAGUCACUCAAGAAAGCCGACGACGAAUCCGAUGCCUCCGAGCCUGGGGCUGAACCGGAAGAAUUUCAAGAUUCGGGAGAAGAUUGGACGCCGGAAGCCGAUCCGGUGGAACCACCUGCCCGUGCAGGAAGAAAACGAGCCACAAGACCAUCACUCAACAACUCCAAAAAGAAACGUAAAAACUCAACAACUGAAGAAAGUGAAGAAGAGGCAGAAGAGGAUGAAGAAGGUGAAGACGAGGAGGGUGAAUUGGACGAAGAAGAAGGUUCAGAUGAAGAAAAAAACGGUUCUGAUGGAAAUAAGUCUGACUCAAGUCAGUCAAAGGAUAUACCAAAGCAUUUCCAUUCUGGGAACUUUGUUUUGUUGAAGUCUGAUGUCAAAUGGGAUGGAGACUCUGUGAUUUCCAAGUUGGAUGAAAUAAACUUGUGGAAAAUAGAUGGAAAAGCUUUAUUACAGAAAUUUAUACCAAUGGAAUCAAAUGGAAAAAUAUUACACAAAUGUACAUGUGUGUAUUCAGGAUGGAAUGUUGACAACCGUGACAAUUACUACCCCAUUACAGAAAUAUUGGACAGAAAUCCUCGUACUGACUCUAAAGAAAUAUGUGUAGCAUUAGAUCUUGAUGAUCUUAUCAAAGUAAGGGACAAGUAAAUUGUGGAAGUUUUUACUUAAUUCAAUUAGAUAAGUCUAACAAAUGUAUGAAAAUAAAAUCUUUUUUUGGCACUUCAUUCCAGUUUACUUUGUAUUCAUUUUAUAAAAAUGGGGAUUAAAUGUUCAAUAAAGUAAUUAAA